GAGAUUGACAGGUAGAUUACUUAAAUCUAUGAUAAUAUAUCACCGUUUAUUCAAAUAUGUUAGAAAACAAUAUUUGCUGAAAGCAGUUAGGUCGUACGCAGUUAAGUCUGAACCGUUAGACCUAAAAGUGUCCUGUUUUAUUUCACCUCUGUGUGGAACCGCACUCUGGAUUAUGAUCGUCAUCGUGAUCAUGAAGGUGGUUUUAUGAAGCCAACAAUCUUCAGGCCCAAAGGCAGGAGUCUAUGUACAUACCAUUGCCCGUCACGACUGCCACUGACUAUGAGGUGUUAACACUGUGGUACACUGGUAUGCAAUUGUCCUUCAGGAAAAUUAGAUGUUUAACUGUUUUAAGGAACAGUACACAUUCAGAAGUUUAAAUUAUAUUUAAGAUUUUUAGCCUCAAAUUUACAAGCUCUGAAUAUAUGUAAUAAAUCCAAAUCAUCAUUCUUAGAAGUAAUUUUUCUGAUCCAACUUUCAGUAGCUUAAAUAGUAAUGAAGUCCUAUGAGAAACAUCAUCACUGUCUGGCCUUCACAUUAUUCAGCCUUUCAUAUUCUAUGAUUACGCACAACUUUGCCAGCAUCAUAGCCAUUCUGAGCAUUUUGGUCAACACAAACACAAAGAAAAACAGAUGAAAAGCAACACACAAAUCUAAACAAACUGCAUCAACAUAGACACACAAAGGGAAACUCAGCGGAAGUUACCCAGAAAUGUUUGUUCCCAUGAGAAAUCUAUAACAGUAACAGCAUUGCAUUAUUGCAAAAAGCACAUCUGAAGUUGUGUUCCCUAAAUAAAGUAUAAUAAUAAUACAGUAAUAAAGUGUGACAUAUCCAUGAAAAUCGUCUUACAGUAGCAUUUAAAAACUUGGAAGUCUGUUUCAGCACAUCUAGGUAGAAUUAUUAGGAACUGAUUUGCUCAAAAAGACCCUCUAAGUUGUCUAUGCAGCUGGCUAGAAAAACAAAUUGUUGAAUAAAGGUUUAAAAACAGCCUAACAUUAGCUGAUUUGGGGCUAAAUGUCCCAUGAGGCCAUGCUGCUGCUGCCAGACAGCACAGCCACUUAGGGAGAUAAAGUGUAAUUAGUGGAGACCUAAUGACCAAGGGAGGGAUUCUCAUUAUGGCCGAACGUCGACCAUGCAAAUGACCCAACCUUGCAGCCCCUAUGCAUUACAUAACAUUAAUCAAAGUAUUUUUUAUUCAAAUGUGUCUCACCCAAUGUUUGUGCAUUAGCCUUGUGUUUUAUUUAAGAAUAUUUCUUCCUUCUAAGAUAUUGUUCUCCAUGAUUGUCCGCUCUCUGUGCUGCAGAACAACAUUUUGGGGCAUUGCGUGCAUUGUCAUUUGUUCGUCUUGUCUGAUUUACACACGUUUGAUGACUGAAGCAGGUAGUUAGUACUCACAGUAAAAUCUUAUAAAAUAAAGUGGUAAAAAGGCAAAAUCUGGUCAAUCCUGGUCUUUCAUGUGAUUUGUAAGAGGGGGAGGCAGAAGUAGAAGGAAGUCACAGAUCUUCAGAGGCUUGUGUAUACAAACAAAAGAUUCAAGCUCGAUAAGGAAAUUGAGGAAAAGGGUGCAACUCAAAUAAACCAAGGCUGAUGCACCAACGGACCAAUUCACGUCUCUCUCUUAACUCCCAUUUAAAAAGAGAAACAGAGGGAGCUUUAGAUGACAGCUGGGGGGAUGCGCGUCACAUGGAUAUUCUGGAAGUUCUGCAACAAAGCUUUCCUUGGAUUUUCUUGUCAGGUUUGGGCGCGGGACUAAACACAACCCUUUAAAUCUCAUACUCUUUUGCUGAGCUUAUGAGUCUCUGGAGCACAAGCAAGGCAGCAGUCAGCUUUUGGAUCUAACACAGCUUGUCAUUUUUAGACUUGAGGGACAAACACUGCACCUAAGGCAAUUGCCGGUUACAGUGCAGUGAGAACACCCAGAGGUGGCUAGAGAAGAUUGUGAUUUGGUUGUGUGAGUUAUGCACGUUUGUGGUCGUCAAGUGAAGCAGAGCAUCCACAGACAUUCAGAAGGAUAUAGAGUCUGUGAGGUGGUUGCUGACUGCACAGUGAGGAGAAGAAGAGCGAAGGAAGGAUUUGAAUUUUGUUUUUCUGUGGAGGAUAAGGAGUUUAACAAGGACGUGCUUUUAAUCCAGCAGUGCUUAGGACAUAAUUAGACAAGAAAUGUUAUUUGACAUCAGACUGUUUUAAAGAUCCAAUGAAGGAAACUGAUCAAACUAAAGAAAACCCCCUGACCUGGGAUUUUGACCAAUCUUGGGGAUCUUUUCUGAAACCAGCUGCACAUCUUUGCCUCAACACCUUGGACUUCUCGGACCUCUGGGAUGAGAAAGACAGUAUAGAGGAUGAGGGAACCAUUUCUACUAAUGAGCCCUCAAGUCUCCCGGUCCCUCCGACACCCCCUCCUCUUCCUCCUCCUCCUCCUCCUAUUGCACCAGCUUUGCCCUUGACUUCCACCAAAGAUACAACCAUUAAAUGUCGCACUUUGAAGCUUCAUUGGCGGGAAAUGCAGACCUUGGCUCCACUUCCCAGGAAGACACGCUUUGGGACUCAGACUAUUUGGGCCAGUCUUGAGCCAGUGAAUUUGGAUACAAACCACCUUAGCUACCUUUUUGAAUCAAAGAGCAAUAGCACCUGCUUAAAUGUGGCUUCAGGACGGCAGAAGCAGCCUUCAGUGUCAGUGUUGGGGAUGAAACGUAGUAACAUUAUCACCAUCGCACUUAGUAGCCUGCCCCCUCCCCGCCUCCUGCCUCCUGCCAUCUACAGCAUGGACAAAGGUGUGCUGGACAGAGAGGAUGUCCAGCGGCUUCAGGCGUUGAUCCCAACAGAGGAAGAGCUUUGCCUGAUCAAGGAGGCUCAGACCCAGAACCCCCACGCUCCUCUGGCCCAGGCCGAGCUUUGCCUGCUCACUCUGGGGGAAAUUCCUCAUCUGCAGUGCAGGCUCCAGCUAUGGAGCUUUGUUCUGGAUUAUGACUCUUUAGAGCAGGAAAUAGCCGAGCCUCUGUUUCAUCUGAAGUUAGCCAUGGAGCAGCUCGCAGCCAGCCAGACCUUUAGGUGCAUUCUAGCAACAGUGCUAGCGAUUGGGAACUUUCUCAAUGGCUGUAAGGCUCGUGGUUUUGAGUUGAGUUAUCUGGGAAAGCUGUCCCAGGUGAGGGAUACUCACUCCCGCCAACCCCUGCUCCACCAUGUGUGUGUGCUUCUGCUGCAGCUUUACCCACAAUGCUCUGACCUCUACUCUGACAUCACAGCUGUUACUAAAGCUGGCAAGUGCAACUACUCCCUGGUCCAGUCCAGCCUUUCUCAGCUAGAGUGCCUGUGCAAAGCAUCAUGGGAGCAGCUGAAAGUACUAGACAAGAGUGAGGAAAAAAGAAAAGUAGGAAAGGUUGAGAAAAGGAGAGGAGGUGGAGAUGAGGCACUGGCUCCAGAGGGUUCACUGCGUCAUAAACUGCCGAAGAUUCUCAAAGAAUGCGAAGAGAGGCUGAAGGUGCUUAGAGCGGUCCACCGCCGAGUCAUGAACAGGUUCCAUUCAUUCCUCUUAUUUCUAGGCUACUCCCGAACUAUGGUUAGAGACACCAAAGCAGAGGACUUCUGUAAAACCAUCAGUAACUUUUCCCUGGAGUACAGGACCAUACAACAAGCGAUUCUCCUACAGCGAGAGAGGGAGCGACAGAAAACUGGACCAGAAAGACUGGGUACCAACACUCCCACCAUCAGGACGAAACGUCAGCAAACCCCAGCACAGGGGAGUGAGAAAAGUGAGGAGCAGUGUAAACUUGAGGAGGUGCUGAAAACACCAGAAUCCACCUGGAGGCUUGAUUCUACUCUGCCUCGACACCGCAGGAGGGCUGCAGAGAUCCAAGGUACAUUCUCACUGAAAUUGAAGUGGUGAUUCUGCUUUUCUUCACAAUCUGUGAGUCACUAGUGUUAGAUGUAAAACGUUUGUUAAAAAAAGGUGCUGUAUGUGUGGUUGUUAUAUGUUACACUGGCAUAUGCCUCGAAUGCAAAACAUGUAAAAUGUAAAAUAAAAAAUGAUUUGAAAUUCUGGUGUGGUAAAAGUACAGAAAUCAAUCAACUCAAUCAAAGAGUAAUACAGUAUUAAGAAUUAAAAUAUAAAUAAAUACAAUCCUAAAAUAUGAUAAAAUAAAAAUGCUUUUUAAACAUGUCUGUUUUCUUCAGAACUCUAUUCUGGACUGUUGCAUUGGUUUAUUUAUUGUUAUUAUCAGGGUAUAUGACGCCAUACUGCAAGUUAAUGUGUAACUUGGCAACUAGGGACAACGUUCGAAUAUUUUUCUGUUUGUACUGUUCUUUGGCCCACCCGCACCUCAGCACGCGCGUCACGGACGCCUCGCUUGCGUGUGUCCAUUGUUAUUAAUAAAGGCUUUUUAAUGCAAGCGAAACAAUGUGUAAAGGGAACGAGUUUGUCUCGAUCUCUAAGUGUCGCUGCUAUUUAUUUGUUUUAACUUAGUGAGAAUUUAAUAAAUCUGUGCCCAGUUCAGCGUAAGUGACUCGUCAUGCAACAGCAUAAGUGACCAGUGCAACAGCCAAUCCGUGAAGACAAUAUAGACAGAGGUGGGUUUAGCAUAUCCAAUCAUAACCUGUAAUGCGGCGGUGGGCGUGUCCCCGUUGGUCGGCGUACAAGUCGACGCCAUUUCGUGUCCACUGGUUUGAAGGUGAUACAAACAGCCUGCAGAGCCGUAAGCGGACCUUUACCUACUCACGUUAGAACAGCUCUUUUACUAAUUUUUAGUAUUAAGCUCCUGGUGAGUAUUUUUAACCGAGAGAUUUUUCCCUAUUUUUAAUUUUUUCGUGACUUUUAACCGUGUUUGGGACUUUUUGUUUUUAUUUUUAAUGCAUUUUUCUAGGCUGGUAUUGCUCAGACUGUGUUGGUUUUAGUGGCGUACAUUUUGUCAUGGCAGUAUCACCUGCGCAGAAACUAGUUUUUAGUAGCUUUCCCAACAAGAUUUUUGCGUUUAUUUUUCGAAUAAUACAAUUGAACACCUCCAUUUUCAGGGCUGCUGUCUGACCCUAUUGUUUAUUUGGUUGUGGUUAUAUUUUCGAGGACAAAAUAUGCAAGAUGGUUCCAGUCUUUUCUGGACUGUGGUCAAAACGUGUCUUUCUUUUUCUGGAAAUGUGCUUUUGAAAGGUCUUUUUUUAUUCUCAUACGUUGUUCUGCACCCACAUUUAAAAAGAUUUGCAGUUACUGACUUUGACUGAUAACACGUUUUUCUUGGUUAUUUUGCUCAGACAGUUGAUCUCCUAAAGGCAAUCUCACAGGAAUACUGUCAUUUUUCAGGCAAGAUGUUUUUCCAUGGGGAUGGAUGCGUUUAAAAAAACAUUAACACUACCUAUAUUCUAUUUGUCAGUAAUGGCGUUGGAGAUUUCUGCAGCAUUGGUGCAACAUAAUAUGUGCAUUUGUUAAAUAAGUCUGUUGGUUAAAACCAAUUUUAUUAGCAUAUGGCAGGUAAUUCUGAUGAAGGCCCAUAUAUUGAGCUGCAGUGAAGCAUAUCCAGGCCCAGACCUCUGCAUUGCUCUGUUUGCUCUGUAUUUGUAAGAAACUAUUAAUUUGUAGUAUAUGUUUAGAUCUGUCCGCAGGCUGGUUAUUCUCUCAAUGCCUAACAUGUUUACUGACGUUAGUUUAAUCAUUAUUAGAGGUGUGAAAUCAAAUACAUGUUUAGCAGUCAGUCCAGCAAUCCAGUGACCUUCGACUUCACUUCCUUAUUGUUGUUGACUCAAAACCAGGCAGGAAGAGCCCCAUGCUCAUUUUUGAUUGACCCUUUGAAAUUCUGGUUUAAAUUGAUGGGAUAUGACUUUAUUCCCCAAUGUGGAAAUUCUAGUAAUGUUUGUUGCAUGUAAAGUAAAUUGGUCACCAUCAGAACAGUAUGAAAACCAGCCAUUACCUGUUUAUUAAACAAUAAUGCAUCGCAGAUCGUUUGUUCAUAAUCCUCAGUUUCACCAAUUUAUUGAUUGGUAAAUAAGUGAUCACAGUUUGAGUUGUACCUUGGGUGACUAACAACAUAAGGCUUGAUUUGUACUUCCUUUAGCAGUCAUCAAGUUAAAGUGUGAGGUAAUAAUAAAGUUGGCAAGUUGUUUA